UUUAAUCUUUAUUUAAACUAAAUGGGAAGCUAUUUCUUUUAUAUGUAUCGCAGAUUGGAUUAGUUGAUCUUUUAACAUCUAUUGGUGUAGUCCCCGAUUUUAUAAUCGGUCACUCUAUUGGUGAACUAAUCUGUGGAUAUGCCGAUGGAUGUUUAACGGCCGAAGAAACGGUUCUGUCGGCAUAUUUCAUCGGUUUAGCCCUUCACGAGUCGAAAAUAAUUAAUGGCUCCAUGGCUGAAAUUAAUCUGGACCUUGAAACCUUAAAAGUUAUGUGUCCUUCGGAUAUCGAUAUAGCUUGUUACAAUAGUUCUUCUAAUUUUAUUGUAAGCGGACCAACGAAUUCUAUAAAAACAUUCUUCACUAAAUUGCAGGCAAAUAGUAUACCUAUAAAAGAAAUUUCUUGUGGUUAUAUACCUUUUCAUAGUCGUUACAUCAAACCUGCUGUAGCUAAGUCUGAAGAAUACUUGAACCGAACAUUACCACAAAAAAAGUUUCACAGCUCAAAGUGGCUGACAACAUCCUCUUACGAGUACUCCAAUACUAUACCUUUAUGUUCAAAAUAUUAUACAAAUCACUUGUUGUCUCCGGUGUUAUUCGCAAAGAUGAUACGUUCAGUUCCAAAAGAUACAGUGACGAUUGAAAUAUCUCCUCAGAAUAUUCUUCAACACAUUUUAAACAAUUAUUUAUACUCUACAGUAACAAACGUAGCGCUAUAUGAACGAACCGGGGAUCAUAAUAAUGAGAUAUUUUUAGAAUCAAUCGGAAAACUUUAUAACGCAGGUUUGCAGCCACAGAUUGCAAAUCUUUAUCCGACAGUGGAAUUUCCUGUAAGCCGCGGUACCCCAAUGAUUUCUCCUCUCAUAAGAUGGAAUCAUUUAGAAGAUUUGUUUGUAAUGCGAGUUCGUCAAAAAGAAAUAAUUGACAAAAAGGAAAUAGUUGUCAGUAUUAGUACAAUUGAUGAAGAUUUUGCGUAUUUAACAGGCCAUGUCGUUAAUGAAAAAAAUUUAUUUCCUGCUAUGGGAUAUCUUUUUUAUAUCUGGGAAAUGAUUGCAUCGUUAAAAAACCAAGAAUAUAUCAAUACACCAAUUGUAUUUGAAGACGUUAAUUUUAUUCGUGCUACAGUACUAUCACAACAAAAUGAGAUUGAAUUAACUCUCUCGAUCCAAGAAGGUAGCAAUAGGUUUGAUAUAAUCGAAGGAGAUAAUGCUAUUGUUACUGGAACAGUACGAAUUCCAACUAAUAUUGAAAAUGAAAAAAUAUCAGCUAAUUUUGCUGAAUGUAUCGAUAGUGAAGAAGAAAUGAGUACAAAAGACAUCUACAAGGAAUUAAGACUUCGCGGUUAUCAAUAUGCUGGCGCAUUUCGUGGAUUAAAAAGCGCAUCGGUUACUGGAUCAAACGGCCAUAUCGCAUGGACAUGUAAUUGGGUGGCAUUUAUGGACAGUAUGUUACAGAUGAUGAUUUUAGGACAGAAUUCAAGAAGCCUUUAUGUUCCAAUAAGAAUUCGCAAACUGACUAUCGAUCCGAAAUAUCACACACAGAUAAUUCAGGAUUAUCCAAUUGGAGAUAGACAAUUCUCUGUUCGUCGUUACAAGUCUUUAGACGCUAUAAUAUCUGGAGGAAUAGAAAUUUGUGGCAUUGUGGCUACACCUAUAUCUCGCCGGCAAAAAGUAGUUAAUACCGUUCUUGAAGAAUACAAAUUUGUUGCUCAUCGUGAUUUAGGUACUAUAUCGUUGCAAGAUGCAAUAAGAAUGUCGAUGCACAUUGCACUCGAAUGUUGCAAUAUGAUAAAUAUUAAAAUUAUCGAAUUUGUCGAUGAUAGUGACAAAGUGAUACCAGAAGAUUUAAAUUCUCCACUUAUUAGUGAAAUCUUUAAUAAUUUACCGCAAAUUCGACACCACACUAAACUCGUGACGACCCACGAGAAAUUCCCAAAUAUUUCUUUGCCCGACAACGUUUCUACAACGGAAAUUACGAAGUUGUCGAAGGACGAGAAUUGUUUGAUAGUCCUUGGUUUUGAUAUUUUGACAAAAAAUAGCAAAAAAUUAUAUAAACAGUUGUUGUCUCUGUUAAUGCCACAGGGUUUUCUACUGACUUUGGAGGAAUCUGGUGCGGUCUAUGAUUAUUCAUGCCUGAAAACGUAUGAGUUAGAUAUCAUAUUGGAAAAACAAAUAAAUGACAAGAAGCUUUUGUUAUUAAGAAAAACGCGAAAUAUUGCGAAAAACCAGUGGAUUGUACAUGUGAACAAUUACGAAUUUUUAUGGGUAAAUGAACUAAAAUCAAUCAUGAAUGUAGAAAACGAGACUAGUGUAGAUACGGAGAUAAUUCUCGUUUCGGAAGGAGACUUCGAAUGCGGGCUACUCGGUUUUAUUAAAUGCUUGCGAAAAGAACCAGGCGGCGAAAUAAUUAGAAGCGUAUUUAUUCAAGAUGACAAAGCGCCUACAUUUUCUUUGCAAGAACCAUUGUACGCGAAGCAGCUACAGUUGGAUUUACCCAUCAACGUUAUACGUUCUGGUAACGUUUGGGGAUCAUACAGCCAUUUACCAUUACCAUCGUUGGAAUCAAAACUUGUUCAGAGCGCUUACGUUACGCAGAUGGUACAAGGAGAUCUGAGUACUCUCUGCUGGGCACAGAGCAGAAUGUCUCGCAUUAACCGUGAAAACCUCGUUGAUGUAAUUUAUACGUCUGUUAAUUUUAAAGAUAUCAUGAUAGCUACUGGUAGACUCAACCCUGAAACGUUUGAACGCGGUAACGACUGUUUUAUUGGCUUGGAAUUUGUUGGUUUCAAUACGCAUAAGCAGAGGAUAAUGGGAUUAUGUUCACACGG